AUGGCUGCGCAGCGAAGUGAGGCGAGGCUAGGAGGCGAGGCGGCGCGCAUGCCCAGCUCGCCCGGCCCCUUGCCGACGCCCGCCAGAAAAGCGGACGGGGUGGAGGGAGAAGGGGAAGGCCGGGCCCGGAGCUGCGCAGGGAGGCGGCUCGGGGCGCAAGGCAGUUACCGCGCUCGCUUGGGGAUGCGGCCGCAGAAGCAACGUGAGGAUUUAACGACUCUGGGAUCUGAAAUCCAGUUCCUGCUGGUAGAAGAGCCGAGUGCAGUUCAUUGCUUCGUUUUCAUUCAUCCUUCAGGAGAAAUCAGCCUACAAGGGCAUAAAGAAAUGAUGACCUACCCUGAAUGCGAAACUGAGGAAAGUGCCUGCGGAGACCGGUGUGAUCGCCAGCAGGACGAUGGGCUCGCUUUCCAGGAAGAUGGAGAAGACCUCUGGGAUGCUUUUGGGCUCCUGCAGAUUGACGUGGGCUGUGAAAGCAUCAGGAGCCAGUUCCCAGGCAACGAGACUGGGUGUUCGAGAAAUGUUUUAAGAAAGCAGAGAAACUGGGAGAAGAUCAUUUCAGCAAAGAAGAGGAAACGGAAACAUGAGCGAGAACGGCGAAGAGCCAAGCUUGCUGAAGAAAAAGAUCUGCCCCCCCAACUCAGUAAGCGACAUUUAAAAGGGAUUACAAGCGAGCGCCUCCUAAGAGCCAAGGAAACAGGCCCUCGGCUGUGUGUUGACCUGAGUUUGACCACUCACAUGACUAGAAAGGAAAUAAGCCGUCUGGCUGCUCAGAUAAGAAGGCUGUAUGGAUCUAACAAGAAAGCCCAGAAGCCCUUUUGGAUAUACCUCACAGGGUUUGUGAAAAAGAGUCCAAUUGCCGAAGAGUGCCUAAGGAUGAACGAUGGAUUUAGUAACUACAUUAUUGAUGUUAUGCCUGAAAGUUAUCUUGAUCUGUUUCCGUUAGAAACAAUUGUUUAUCUCACUCCAGAUGCUGAGAAUGCUCUGGAAGAAGUUGAGCCACACAAAGUAUAUAUCCUCGGUGGGCUGGUGGAUGAAAGCAUUCAGAAGAGACUGACCUUCCAAAGUGCCAAAGAACGACAUCUACAGAUGGCACGACUACCAAUCCAAGAGUAUAUGGUAAAGAAACUCAAUGCCAAAAACUAUCACUCGACAACUCUGGCAAUCAACCAAGUAUUUGUUGCCUUAUCAACAUAUUACGAAACCAAGAGCUGGGCAGAGGCUCUUAAAGCUGCAGUUUCUCCUGGGAAAGGAUACAUCCUUCGAGACACAACUCCGUGAAAAAGGCGAUCUGCAAGGGGGAAGAGUGGACCCCUGCCGUCAGCAGUUGAGAAGAUCGAGUCGCCACUUUGUUCUCUUGGAAGCAGUGCGGACCAAUCUAUGGCUUGUUUUGGUGUAUUUCUAUUAGGAGAGAAUUAAAAUCUCUCGAUUUCUUUCACAGCAGCAUUAAUUGUAGGCAUCCAAAGACAAGAUUCCCCCCUCCCCUGUAUACAGAACCUUCAUUGGGAGAAUGUUUACAUUGAAAAGCAACAUCCACAUUUGUUUAAAAACUUGGGAUGACUCUAACAUGUCUGUCAGUGGCCUCUCCUAGGUGUGUGUGUGUUCAAGUGUUUCCUGCUCAUAUUUUACUUAGUGUGAGGAUGUAUUUUGUACUGUUCUACCUCCAUUAUUUUUUUUAAAAGGGACCUUUUUAUAGUAAAGAAUAGGCAGCACAGUAAAAGAUGUUAAAAUAAUAGCCUUGUGUUUGAUGAAGUGAGCCUUGAAUUCAGAAAGUUUACACUGGAGUAAA